AGAAAUAUCUACCAAACAGAGGACAUUGAAGGAAAUUCUUCUGCAGAAUUUUCUAUUGCCACUUCCAGUUCACAGAAAGGCCCAACAAAUCCCAAACCUCCUGCUUUCCCAAUCAUCAAUGAAAUAAUUGAUGCUAAUCAACAGAAUAGAGCAAUGAUAAAGGAUUCUGAACUACUUCCAAGUAAUUUCCAUAAUGGCCUACCACCAGUCCAAAUGGCAUCUAGUUCAUCAGAGAUUUUAAAUGAACUGCAAAUUACUCGAAAGGAUGCGAUACCUGCAUCAUCAGAAGCGUGCAGCAAUCAAGCAGCUCAUAAAUUGGACCAAUCUGAGGAGCAAGAUCAUGAGCCAUUACACAAAUUUGAAGAUGGUUGUACUCUUACAAUUGCCUCUAGUAAAUUACAAGAGACAGAAGGUAGGCUGCAUGUAUUGACCAGUGAGCUUAAGCAUAGCCAAGUGGAGGUUGGCAGUACACAAAGGAAAACAUCCAAAUUGUCUGACCACUUGGAACAAGUCAUUGAAAACAGAGGUCUUGUUGACACUGCAACACCUUUUGAAUCUGUUAAAGAGGCUGUCACCAAGUUUGGGGGACAUGUUGAUUGGAAAGCCCAAAAGGCAAUGACCUUACAGAAGCAGCAGCAUGUCCAACUUCAACUUGAGAAGAUACAAGAGGAAAUUCCAGAGUACAAAAAGCAAUAUGAAAUUGCAGAAGAUGCUAAAGCAGAGGUACUCAAAGAACUUGAUAGCACCAAGAGACUCAUAGAAGAACUAAAGCUAAGCCUGGAGAAAGCACAGAUACAAGAGGCCCUAGCAAAACAGGACUCAGAACUUGCUGAUCUCAGGGUCAAGGAGAUGAAGCAAGGAAUCACGAAUGGUACAAGUGUUGCAGCCAAAACACAACUAGAGGUUGCCAAAGAAAGGCAAACAACAGCAGGUGCAGAACUGAAAUCAGUAAAAGAUGAGUUGGAAGCACUGAAAAGAGAGUAUGUUGCUCUGGUUAAUGAAAGGAAUGUGGCAAUUGGGAAGGCUGGAGAGUCUACUUUUGCUUCCAAGGAGAUUGAGAAGACUCUCGAGGAUCUAACUCUGGAACUCAUCACAACAAAGAAAUCGCUGGAGUCUGCCCAGGCUGCACAUCUUGAAGCGGAAGAGCAGAGAAUUAGUGCAACAUUAGCAUGGAAAGAAGAUAAACUUAACUGGGAAAAGGAGCUGAAGCAGGCUGAACGAGAGCUACAACAUCUAAAUGAGCAGCUUUUGUUGGUAAAUGAUCUAAAAUCAAAGCUAGAUACAUCCUCUACAUUGUUGUUCAAUUUGAAAUCUGAAUUUGCUGCUUAUAUGAAAGCAAAACUAAGCCAAGAAUCUGAGAACAUCGGGAACGAAAAUCCAGCAGAUGAGAAAGGAGAAACAAAGACAACUCGGACAACCAUACCAGCAAAAUUAGCUCGAACCAAGAUUGAGCUUGGGGAAGUGAAGACUAACAUUGAGACGGCAAAAGAUGAAGUCAGUUGUUUAAGAGUCGCAGCUUCUUCACUUAAAUGCGAGUUGGAAAGAGAGACAAGAGCCCUCACCACCAUGAAACAGAGGGAAGGGUUGGCAUCUAUGUCUGUGUUAUCUCUUGAGGCUGAGCUGAACCAGACAAACACCGAAGUAGAACUAAUUUCAAUGAAGGAGAAGGAAGCCCAAGAAAAGAUGGUAGAUGUGCCUAAGAUGCUUCAACAAGCAACUCAGGAAGCAGACCAAGCCAAAACAAUAGCUCACUUGGCUCGAGAAGAGCUAACACAUGCCAAAGAAGAAGCGGAACAAGUCAAGGCAGGAGCCAGUACCAUGGAGAUCAGACUAUAUGCUGCUUUAAAGGAGAUAGAAGCAGCUAAAGCAUCGGAGAAGCUGGCACUCUCGGCAGUCAAAGCAUUGGAAGCGAGUGAACAGGCUGCAGGCUUAGAGACAAAUGACUCCACAAGUGGCGUGUCACUUCCACUGGAUGAGUACUACAGUCUCAGCAAGAAAGCCAGUGAGGCUGAGGAGCUUGCCAAUAAGCAGGUGAUUUCUGCCAUAAAGCAAAUUAAAGCAGCCAAGGAAUCUGAGUCAAGGUGCUUAGACAAACUUGAGGAAGCAAAUAGGAAGAUAGAAGAAAAGAAGAAAGCAUUAAGAGAUGCAAUGGAAAAUGCUGAAAAGGCCGAGGAAGGGAAAUUGCGUGUGGAGCAAGAGUUGAGGAAGUGGAGAUCUGAGCAUGAAGAGCAACCGAAAGCGAGAGAUGCUGCUCUAGAUUUAGCUAAUUUCUCAUAUUUCGAGGAGACAGGAGAAUCUAACAGCCUUGUUAAUGAAGAAGAGCCUGCUCCCCAUGUUCGCCCUCAAAUUACUACCCUCCGGGAACACUUGCAAUGGAAUGAGACAACAGAUAUCAUGCCUAAACCAAAGUUGGGAAGGAGAUUGUUCUUCCCCCGGAUUGUCAUCUCUUUGGCCAGAAAGAAGGCAGAGUCAUUGAAGUAAUGAAACAUAUAAUUUACUUAGAGAUAUUGAAAUCUCUCAGAUAUAUAUAUAUAUAUAUAUAUAUGCUAAUAAUUUUUCCUAAUUAUAGGGACUGGAGGUGAGGUAUGGUGUUUAAAGGUUGUACUACUGGUAAAGUCUUUUCCAGAAUAUGCUGAUGGAAGUACAAUUGCCUGGAUUUCGAUGUUCGCCCAUUGCUAGUAUACCAAUCUGCUGAAUAGUUUCAAGCUUAUCAUAGCCAUCCACCAUUCCAAUUGAUGUAAGGGGGGAAGCCAAGGCUUCCUCCAGAAUUUAUUUAUUAGAUGUGAAAGUAGAUGAUGACGCCAUUCCUAACAAUGCACAGGAAGGCACAUGUAGGCAUUGGGUAAUGCAGAAGUAUCUAGGAUCACUGUGAGGAGUACAAGAACAAUCUACCAGUAGAUUAAAUCA